GCUGAAGCGGCUGAGGCGGCAGCCSGGGCUCGCGCUCCGCUCCGUCCCUCGCCUGCCGCCGACUAAAGCUGGGGACACUUUGACUGAAAAAGCCAGAGCGUAAAUCCGAUACCGGCUCGGGGGGUGUUAGAAUGCAGGCGGUGCCCGCUGGAGACCCGGGCAGCGGCCGCGGAGGGGAGGUCCAGGCGCCUGAGGCUCCGCUGGUCGACACCGGGAGCGGAGGUGCCCGCACGGAGUGUGAGGGCAGCCCUGAGAGCACAGCUGUUAAAACUGAAGAGAAAGAAGUCAACUGUAUGUCCAAAGCAGAUCAACAGAAUGAGCAAAAAUCAGGUACUGAUGACAAGUCUGGAACCAGCUCAUCCAGUCAAAAGAAAACAGAAAAGAGGGCCUCUGUAAGAAUGACAAAAAAGAUUCUGCUAGACAUCUGUAAACAGCAGAAAUUAUACUGGACCCCACACUUAAAUGAUACACUUUACUUGCAUUAUAAAGGAUUUGACCGCCUGGAGAAUCUUGAAGAAUAUACUGGACUAAAGUGUUUGUUCUUGCAAUGCAAUGGCUUAAGAAAAAUUGAGAAUUUGCAUGCUCAGACAGAAUUGCGUUSCCUCUACUUGCAAAUCAAUUUCAUUGAGAAGAUUGAAAACCUUGAACCCUUACAAAAGCUGGAUUCCCUCAAUAUCAGUAACAACUACAUUAAGACCAUCGAGAAUCUGUCUUGCCUGAAAGUCCUGCAGACUCUGCAGAUYGCUCACAAUAAGUUACGGACGGUGGAAGACAUCCAGCACUUGCAAGAAUGCCCAAGUAUUUCUGUUCUUGAUCUUUCCCACAACAAUCUAAGUGAUCCAAGUAUUGUAACUAUUCUGGAGACCAUGCCUAAUCUGCAUGUGCUGAAUUUGAUGGGAAACGAGGUGAUAAAGAAAAUUACUAAUUAUAGAAAAACACUCACUGUUCGACUAAAACAACUGACAUAUCUGGAUGACAGACCAGUUUUCCCAAAAGAUAGAGCCUGUGCAGAAGCCUGGGCUGUUGGAGGGCUUGAAGCUGAAAAAGAAGAAAGGGAAAAAUGGGAAACCAGAGAGAGAAAAAAAAUCCAAGAUAGCAUUGAUGCAUUAGCAGCAAUUAGGCAAAGAGCAGAUGAAGAGAAGAGACGAAAGAGCAUGGAAGGAGUUGCAACAGAUAUCCUUGAAGGAGCACCUGCAAAUUCAAAAGAUGGUGAUGGAAAUUCUAAUACAUCAGAGACUUCAAAGAAAUCAGAAAAAGAAGCUCAAGAAAAGACUGAGAAAUAUAAAAAYGAAAUUUUUGAUGUUUGUGAUGAAGUGGUAACACUUCCACCAAAUAGAGGAGAUAGCAGAGAUUUCACAUCUGGAAAAACUUCUGAUGAAGCUCAAGAGGAUGCACAGGAACCRGACUCCUACAAAUGCACAAAUUUCAACAGGGAGACCAAUGAUCUACCAGCACAGGAGGCAGCCACUGACAAGGUGAUGAUUCCUGAGAGGGGUGAAUGUGCUGAAAUUGAACAAGUCAAACUGGAGACACUGGAGAAACUUUACCUUGAUGAACUGCCUGAUUUAGAGGAUGUAGUUAUAAGCGAGUUUCCCCCAGAAGAGGAAAUCUUUGUUCAAAAGCAGGACUGUCACCCAAUGAUUGAAAUAAUUUCUGAAGAGACAAAUGACAGCAAUUCUGCAUUAGAGGAAAACAAUAGAAGCUUGUUUGAGAAUUCAGCAGAAGAGGUUCCAAGAGCAAUUUUUUCAAAUGUAUGUCAGAACCAUAAACAGAAUGAAAAGGACCACUUAAGACCCCUUCUUGAAAGCCUCUUUACAGAGCCUGACAGUUCAGAAAGAUGCUUGGAGAUCAAAGAUAAAGAGGCAGCCCCUAUGAAACCCUUGAUACAAGAGGUAAUCACUGAGCCCAAGGAUCAUCUACUGUUGUCACCCGUCUGUCAUCAACCAGAUGACCCAAGGGAAGAGGAUGGGAAUGGCAGUGACAGAGAAGCACAGGGUGUGGCUGAGGUGGAAGGAUGUCCUCAYAAAGAACAAGGUGACAAGGAUGGUGAGAGUUGAUUGAAUUAAUUACUUGGAACAAAGCCAGAAAAUCUGGAGCACAGUGUCUGGCUGACUGCAUGGAAAUGUUCC